AUGUCCGCCAACGGGAGCAGCACAUCCACAUCCCUCUGGAUCAUCAACAAGGCAGGAGGCCUGAUCUACCAAUCCUUUGCCACGAACGAGGACGCGCCGAAGCUCUCCGCUAAUGAAGCCCUGAUUCUAGCUGGUACUUUGCAUGGCAUUCACGCGAUCACUGCUCGAAUCAACCCCACUGCUCUGCCCGACACUGGCCUGACAAACUUGUCCGCUGGCGGCUACGAGCUCAAUUUGCUCGUCACUCCAACAGGUGAGUUGAGAGCUCUGCAUCAAGCUUGAACACUCGUGACCUUACGUCAACCCACUUUCCCCGGUUCCUGCUCGACCUCAGGGAUCAAGUUCAUCCUGCUUCACCCGCCCUUCUUAUCGCCUCAAGCAGCCCAACUCGCACUCCGAGCAGCUUACGAAGCGUAUGCGGACCUAGUGAUGAAGAAUCCCUUCUACACAGCCGAAAUGCCCAUUCGUGGCAUUAGCGCAUUCGAUGAGAAGAUCAAGAGCAUCACAAGUGUCUGA